CCUCAAUAGGUUACAUUCAGACAACAUAAAAUAAACAGAUUCUAACGGACGUGUUUCUGCAGCCAUCAGGGCCUCUAUCUCUAUCUUCAAUCCGCAAUACCCGACAAUGCAAAUCCCAAGCGCAUUCACAUUCAUUACACUACUGGUGUUCUUUCCUUUUGUCAUCUAUGCACGACCAAAAAUUCCUCUUCCCAACGAUUAUAUAAUGAAGUCUAAAGAUGGCCACUCCGAGAUCUUCAGUGCGGACGGAAAGGUCGUAUAUCAGUAUGCCUUGGAGCUGAAUGCCCCAUCGACUGGGGAGACCAGAAUUACACUCAAGGACGGGUCUACAAAAAAGUUGUUUAAUCUUGUGGGGGACCAUGAUAUCUUGAGCCUAACAACAGGGCCUCGCGAGUGAGAGCCCGAAGG